GAUGGGUGCUGCAGUCCUCCUCUCCGUCACUAGGGGGAGUCACAGUGCCAUAAAUCCGCCCUCACGGUAGCUUCCCAUCGACGCCCCAGUCUGUGAGCUGCCGGGACACAGUGACGGAUUGGCAGCAAACGAAGAAAAACUUUCGGCGGUGUGCGUGCGCUCCUUCAUCCACUAUUUAUGUUUCAAACUUCUGGGGGGAAUGUGCUCGCGUUUGGAGCCGAGGCGUACGAUACUCCAGGCGAAGACGAAGCUCCGCUCAUCAGACCGCUCCGUCAGCCGCUUCAUCUGACCGUCUGUCUCGUCAACACCAGAGCGGAAAAGUGAAUUGGAUGACCCCUCUAAAGUGGAGUCACUAAAACCAGAGGCCUCAUCGUCACUCAUCCAUUCCCCACAUCCUGAGAGUCUUCGAAAGGACACGGAUUUCAACUUAUCCGGGGAUUUCCAGGUGUUGUGAGAGCUGCUACUUUCACCCAGCGGCCUGCCGCAGACCCCUGGGUGUGCUUCGCUGCCAUGGCUACCAACCGGGAACAGCAGGUGGGUCAUAUGACCGGCUUCCCACCUGCUGUCUACCCCUUCGCCUUCAACUCCAUGAGAAGCCACUCCCCCUUUGACCUGCUGGCCAACAGCAGCCUGUUUGGGAGAUUCGGUGCUGACCUGCCCAAAGAGAUGGCCGCUCUCUCGGUGGAGACCCAGAGCACCAGCUCAGAGGAGAUGGUACCCAGUUCUCCGUCUCCACCUCCCCCACCUCGUGUCUACAAGCCCUGCUUUGUGUGCCAGGACAAGUCCUCAGGGUACCACUACGGGGUCAGCUCCUGUGAGGGCUGCAAGGGUUUCUUCCGCCGCAGUAUCCAGAAGAACAUGGUGUACACCUGCCACCGAGACAAGAACUGUCAGAUUAACAAGGUCACACGCAACCGCUGCCAGUACUGCAGGCUGCAGAAGUGCUUUGAGGUCGGCAUGUCCAAGGAAGCGGUGCGCAAUGACAGGAACAAGAAGAAGAAGGAUGUGAAGGAGGAGUUGGUGCUUCCAGAGAGCUAUGAGCUGAGUGGAGAGCUCGAGGAGUUGGUCAAUAAAGUCAGCAAAGCUCACCAAGAAACCUUCCCGUCACUUUGCCAAUUGGGCAAAUACACCACCAACUCCAGCUCAGACCACCGUGUCCAGCUGGAUCUGGGUUUAUGGGACAAGUUCAGUGAGCUCUCCACCAAAUGCAUCAUCAAAAUUGUGGAAUUCGCCAAGCGGCUGCCGGGUUUCACCACCCUCACCAUCGCUGACCAGAUCACUCUACUUAAGUCUGCCUGCCUGGACAUACUGAUGCUGAGGAUCUGCACACGCUACACCCCAGAACAGGACACUAUGACCUUCUCAGAUGGGCUGACUCUGAACCGGACUCAGAUGCACAACGCCGGCUUCGGACCACUCACAGACCUGGUGUUUGCCUUUGCUGGCCAGCUUCUACCCCUGGAGAUGGAUGACACCGAGACCGGCCUCCUCAGCGCCAUCUGCCUCAUCUGUGGAGACCGCAUGGAUCUAGAGGAGCCUCAGAAAGUUGAUAAGCUGCAAGAGCCUCUACUUGAGGCUCUGAAGAUUUACGCCCGCCGCCGGCGCCCCAACAAACCUCACAUGUUCCCCCGCAUGCUGAUGAAAAUCACCGACCUCAGGGGCAUCAGCACUAAAGGUGCCGAGAGAGCCAUCACUCUGAAGAUGGAGAUCCCGGGGCCGAUGCCUCCUUUGAUCAGGGAGAUGCUUGAGAACCCAGAGGCCUUCGACGACCAAACAGAGGGCAACGAGAGCCCGCCACCUCCGCCACCGCCGCCGCCACCACCAGCCCAGGUCAAGCAGGAAGCCGAGGACGAGGACGACAGCUGGGCCACAGAAAACGGCAGCGAGCCGUCGCCGGAGGAGGAGGACGAAGACGACGACGAUGACGUGGGGGACGAAGAUCGAGACAGGGGCUCGGACAGUGACGGGGAACCCUGGGGGGUCCUGGAUGCCAUAGAUGGGUCGAGGAAAGGCCUCAUUGGGAGGGCGCAGUGAACCGAGCAUUUCAUACAAACAUGCACAUACAGGUUCAAACACACAUACAUAGAGACAUACAACACAACCUCACUCACUCUUCCACCUCAACAAGAUGCUGGCCUUCCCUUCCCUCUUUCUCUCUCCGUACUGCACAUCACUGUGUCCUCCACAGCAGAGCACAGCAGAGCCUUAUGUGUACAGACACUUCUAACUCAGGCCACAUGGUCCAUGACAAGUGAACUACAGAAAAAUAAAGUAAAGGAGAGAUGACAGUAAAACCGUAUGAACUCCUGGCGUAGCCAAGAGAGAAUUUAAGGUGACAAAAAGAACAGAACAGUCUCUUUUUUUUCCACUAUUGUUGUUUAUAUCGAAAUAGGGGAACGGCCAAUACCAGACACCAGAACUGAGCAGUUGAUUCCGAUGGAUUACAACAAGCACAUUUCUCAAAAGAAAAACAAGAGUACAGGGCAAAACCAAAAUGAGUAUGCUAAUCUUUUGUUUUGUUUUUUUGUGGUUAUUGCUUUUGAAUAUUGUUUUCACUUUUCUUUUUUUUUCAAUUUAUGAAUAAGUCCAUACAUAUCUAUAUACCAUUAUAUUUUUUGUCUUUAUUUGUUAUUCUGGUUUUAUAUAUGAAUCCUUUUAGAUGAGUUUUUUUCUUUGAAGAGCUUUCCUGAGAAGAUAUUCCGAGGGAAAGAAGGGUAAUCAGAACUGGCUGGGUCUUCCUUAUCAGCUACAUAUGCUUAGCUGGGGCUUUUUUGGGCACUUUGGCUCACUGUGGAUGUCAAUGAUAAUCAACCCAGAGAACUAUUGUUAUGUUGCAGUGACUUAAUCAGUUUCUGUUAUCAGGGAAUUGGCAUUAUUCUAUUUUGUUCUCGUUGCAGCCGGCUAAUGCUGUCAGUGCAGAAAGUAAGUAUCUUUGUGCCAAAGUUAGGAACAGUCAUCUUUGGAGCAUGAGUUUGACUACUGGCAGGGACUCCAGCCACGAUCCAGCGAUCCUCACAGCAGCAGCUCACACAUGCACUAACACAAACCUCAAUCUCACACACUCAAAUCCCAACACACACGCGCGCACACACACACACACACACACACACACACACACACACACACACACACUCCGCUUGCUCUACCCUCAGCUGUAGCAGAUGUGCCGACCUGGCAUCGAGUGCCCGGACAGAGAUUUACACUUGACCGUAUAUGUAGCACUUUUGUGAUCCUCUAUUCAAGCAAGGCACAUCUCCUUCUCUGAGAGCAGAGCAGCUGUCUGUGAGCUCAUAUCUCCGUUAGCAUGUCCAAACUGAUGACAACAUUUAGAAAACAAUCAACCUUAGAGCACUCCCCGAUGAUGUCAGUAGACGAAUGCACACUUUCAGCAAGGAUUUUAAAGAAAAAGCAUCCACACAGUAGCAACAUCAUGCAUCAACGAUCAUAGACAUAUGCAAGUCGAAAGCAGGAAUCUUUAUGGAAGACAUUUUGGAAUCAGACUCAGGGCUUUUCAGUAAGGACCAAACCCUAGCUGCUUUCAGGCACGCUAGAAACAGGCAAUAUUUAUGUGUGUAUUCUUGACUCCGUUUUUUGAUCAGCUCAACCCCUCUGCGUGUACAUAGAAGGUGACAAGUCUUGAGAAACAGCGUGGAUGCCAGUCUGACUCUCCCCAAAGGGGGGACAAAUCACCGUGGUCGUCAUUGCUGCCCCCGCCUGUGCUCGUGCUGGCAUCCAUGCAGCAAACUGCCUUCUCAUCCCAAAAGCCAUUAUAUCAUCUUGUCUUCUUGUGUAUAUCCUCACUUCUCUUUAAAGGAGCUGUGGAGGAUUAUGUGUUCUCAUGUAUCAUUUCUUUAUUGCCAAAAUGUCUCGGUAGGCGAUCAGCUGGGAGAGCGCGGCUGAUAUACAGUACAGAGGUUUUUUUCUGUCUCUCUUUGAAGCAAUAUGAACAUUCUCUCUGUAGCAGUGAGAGGUCCCAUCUUCUGAGUAUGGGCAGGUCUCCUCAGUGUGUGUGUGUGUGUGUGUGUGUGUGUGUGUGUGUGUGUGUGUGUGUGUGCGGGCAUGUGUGCGUGAAUGCUUUAACAUGUUUUUGAGUCAUUGGGUGAAUGUCCUCAGCACGGUGCUGUCACACAAAAAAAAAAAAAAACAAAACUCUUGUGUGAUGACCUCAUCCCUUCUCUCUCCCUGCUGGGCUGUCAUGAUGUUAAUGAUGGUGACGCAGGCAGAAUAUUGAGAUUAUGUUGUUUCAUGUUUGUUUUUUGUUUUUCAACAUGGCCAAGGUGUUGUCUACCCUCUGUUUAUGUCAACUCUUGUCAUACAAAGAAAAGCCAUAUAAACAGUAAGAGGCACAAUAAACUACUUUUGUGAGAUUA